GAACAUCAUCAGUAAGAUUUACUUGGAAUUUUGAAGAGAAAAGUGAUCAGGAGAUGGCUUCAGCUCAAGUUCAGCUCCCACACAACCUCCAUGCCAUUCUGAAAGAGGGAGACUCCCAGACUGACGCCUCCUGCGACAAUCUGAUUGAAAACCUCCAGGCUGGAAUCUUCUUGAACCAAAACAAACUGAAGUUUUGGGUUGACAGGCUUUUGUGGGCUAACGCCUUCGACAUUCAUGCAAGGGGUCUCGCAAUCACUUGGGGAGACGAUACACGCUACUGGAAUUGGACUUCUAAGCCAGACACACAAGGCAGUUGUACAUGUGUUCAAGUUGAGGUGGCUGAAUUAUUGAAUGUCUGUUGGCUUGACGUAAGAGGGAAAUUCCCUGCCAAAAACCUCACUCCAGGGAUGGUUUACCAAGUUUCGUUUGUGUUAAUGAUGAAGGACGGAGAAUAUGGAUUUGCAAAUCAUCCAGUGAACUUUAAACUCGCCAUUCCCAGUUACCAUGAGAAUAUUGAACGCAAAGAGGAUCUGAGUACGUUGCCUAAAAACAAAUGGACAAAGGUCCGAGUUGGCGAGUUCAUUACAUCUUGCAAUAUGACUGGGAAUUUGGAAAUCUCAAUGUUUGAACACAAAUCCCAGUGGAAGAGUGGGAUGAUUGUCAAUAAGAUCGAAAUCCGCCCAGUGCGUAGGCAGUGCCAGAACUGAGAAGGGGGAUAAUCAACGAUGAGACAUUUGCGAGACUAAAAGUUACUAGAUAUUAAAUAAUUUAGUUGGCCUAUGUCUCAUCGUGUCCUUUCUCUUUAUGACUUAUAUUGUAAUAAAUAAAACUAUGAGACUGCACGUUUCCAAUAAUAAUAUGUGAGAGAUAAUAAAAUUAUUAAGUUUAAUAAAAUCAAGAUAACGCAGCUUCCUAA